CAAUGGAACCCCAAGAGCACCACCACCACCACGAAUCCCCCGAAACCCUACCGCCCUCCUCCACCAUGCCGCCCCCAACCUGCUGCAAAUGCGGCGGCCCCACCGCCCUCGCCGCCCCUCCUCCGUCCUGCUCUCCUCCCCCAAACUACCGCCCCAUCCGCGCCCCCGCGAUCAACCUCCCCCCAAACAACAACUCCCAACAGGCCAUCAUCCUCGCCCCGGUCCCACAACCCAGACCCGUCCCACCCAUCUCUCCCCCCUUCCACUUCCAACCCCCCUCCAAGCAAAUCCAAUCCCCCGACGACAUCCGCCGCUUCCACGACUCCCCCUCCGGCCAGCACUUCCUCGGCUUCGUCGUCGCCCUCUCCCAAUCCAUCCGCUCCAAGAAAAUCUCCGACCCCUGCCACGUGUCCCCCGUUACCUCCACCCUGGUCUCGAUCCUCGACACCCUCCUCUGCUGGGUCGACGAGAUCCCGCCGACCCUGCAGUCCGCGCGGUACGGGAACGUGUCGUACCGCGCGUGGCACGAGCGCUUGGUCCAAAACGCCCCUGACCUAAUGCUCGAAUUCCUCCCUCCCCAUCUCGAGCCUUCCACGGUCGAGAUCGUCCCUUACUUCACCGACGCCUUCGGAAACCCUAGCCGGAUCGACUACGGCACCGGCCACGAGACCCAUUUCGCGGCGUGGAUCUACUGCCUGGCCAGAAUGGAGGUCAUCAAAGAAGAAGACUACCCCGCCGUGGUGGCUAGAGUGUUUGUCAAGUACCUGGAGCUCAUGAGGAAGCUUCAGCUGGUCUAUUGCCUUGAGCCGGCGGGGUCUCACGGCGUUUGGGGCCUUGAUGACUACCAUUUCCUGCCGUUUAUUUUCGGGUCGUCGCAGCUGAUUGAUCACAAGUACAUGAAGCCGAAGUCGAUUCAUAAUGAUGAUAUAUUGGAGAAUUUUUCAAAGGAGUAUAUGUAUCUCUCCGGGGUGGCGUUUGUGAAGGAGGUGAAGAAGGGGCCGUUUUCGGAGCAUUCGCCCUUGUUGGAUGAUAUUAGUGGCGUGGCGAAUUGGAACAAGGUGAAUAGUGGGAUGCUGAAGAUGUAUAAGGUUGAGGUGUUGGAGAAGGUGCCGAUUAUGCAGCAUUUCCUGUUUGGCUGGCUCAUCAAAUGGGAGUAGAUCGUGACAUGAGAUUUAUCACUACAUCUUUUGUGGAAGGGUAAUGUUGGCUUUCUGUCGGGUUAUAAGUUAGUAGAAGUUUAGAGAGGUACUAGAACAAAAAUAUACUUCUGCUCUUUUGUAAAUGCUGCUCUGGCUACUGAUUAUGUGCUUUUGCUGUGUUAUGUGAGUGCAUAUUGCUUUGAGAUAAUUUUGCUCUGAAUGGAAGAGUGAUGCGUUUCUGAAAUGGUGAAUGGAAAAUUGAUCUCAAAAGAGGAGUAUACGCCCAUGAUAACUAUUCAGGUUGAGCUUGGGGAUUCUUUUCCUCAGCAAGUAUGAAGUGAGAAGUUGGUGUUAGAAUUUCCUUUUUCCAUUUUCCUAAUUCAUGUAUUUUAAUUCCAUACUCCCCUGGGGCCUUGUGACUUCAUUUUGUCAAUUUUUCUCUUCUUGUGAAGCGUCAAGUAUUUGUUUGUCCUGGCCGUUUAGUGCUGCUCCUUCUACUAUCAUAGAACAUUUAAAUUCCAUCUUUGAGUAUCAACAAAUUUUCAU